CUGCUAAAAGGAAAAGCUUUGAUAACUGCCCUUCGAUAGGACACACAAAGAUGGCUGAUGGGAGUGUGUGUGUGAGAGAGAGAGAGAGAGAAAAUAGAGAUGCAAUCGUCGUCGUCAUCAUCAUCGUCGUUUAUCAUCAAACAUAAUUAGAUUCGAGUAUUGUGCAGUGGAUACAACAGAAACAACACUCCGAGGCAAAAAUCAAAGCACUUAGGCAUUGUAAGGGGGCCCGGGGUGGUGUCAAAGAGGUUAUGGUGUGGAGGAAUUUGGGGAAAACAACGACGAGGAGGAGGAACAAGGUUAAUAAUCUGAUUUCAUUCCUGUUGGUGUUGCUUUUCUCAUUGAUGUUCGACGUCUUCUCCGGUGGUGAUGGUCGUCGGACAGGUUACGGUUUUGUUGAAGGCGCCGUUGGAAAAAGCGAUGGAGGUUCUGGUGCGAUUUUCUGGAUUACCGGUGGCGGUGUUGGUGCUAGUGGUGCCUCUGGCUCCCAAUCUAAUGUCGGAAUAGCUAUCGCCAUGACGGUCAUGGCUGGCCUCGCCGUGGCCGCCACCCUCGUUUACUCUAAUAGGGGUCACCUUCAAUCCCCAUGGUCAAAAAGGAGAAGAAAACAUGCUCUUCAGCCAAAACAAUGGAAAGCUUUAUUUGAUGAAGAUGGAAGACUAUGUGAUGGCGGGGUGAAGUUCUUGAAGAAAGUUAGAAGUGGAGGUAUUCAUCCUAGCUUAAGAGCAGAAGUUUGGCCCUUCCUUCUUGGAGUUUAUGAUCUUAAAAGUUCAAAAGAAGAACGAGAUGCUGUUAAAACUAAGAACAAGAAAGAAUACGAAAAUCUUAGAAAACAGUGCCAACAAACUUACAUACGAAGAGAUAACAGCACUAACGACAUAAGUGACAGCAACCAUGAUAGUGAUGAUGUCAGCAACAACAACGAUAGUGGUGAAGUUGUGGACACAGAUUCCCACCAAGUAAAAGAAGAAAUCAGUGACACCACCACCACCACCACCACCAACAACAACAACAAUAACGACAACAAAGAUGGUGAUGAUGUAAGCGAAGUGACUACCAAAACUGACACAUGUUCAUCUGAUUCUGACUCAUCUGAAGAAACCGACAACAUGGAACCCUCUCCUGCCACACCACAAAAACCCAAAACCACAGAAGAAGUUAAAAGCAAAACCUCACUUCCAUACAGAUCGGAAAGUUUCGCCACGUGGCAAAGAAUCAUCCGGCUGGAUGCCAUCCGGGCGAACGAUGAAUGGAUCGUGUACUCUCCAUCACAGGCAUCGGUGUCCGUAACAAAAGCACAAGAAUUAGCAAAAAGUGUAGUCCUAAAAGACUACACUCAUCUCGAAACAUGCAGAGUCUUCCAUGCUGCACGUUUAGUUUCAAUUCUGGAAGCAUACGCUUUAUACGACUCAGAAAUCGGCUACUGUCAAGGAAUGAGCGACCUUCUUUCUCCGAUCAUCUCAGUGGUGGAGGACGACAGUGAGGCGUUCUGGUGCUUUGUUGGGUUCAUGAAAAAAGCGCGCCAUAACUUCCGGUUAGACGAGGUGGGGAUCCGGCGGCAGUUGAAUAUUGUUUCCAAGAUUAUUAAAGGGAAGGAUUCGCAUCUGUACAGACACCUGGAGGAGCUGCAGGCAGAGGAUUGUUUCUUUGUGUAUAGGAUGGUGGUGGUUUUGUUCAGACGGGAGUUGAAUUUUGAACAGACGUUGUGUCUGUGGGAGGUGAUGUGGGCGGAUCAGACGGCGAUCCGGGCGGGGAUAACGAAAUCCGGGUGGGGGAGGAUGAGGCUGCGGGCCCCACCCACGGAUGAUUUGUUGCUGUAUGCGAUUGCGGCUUGUGUGUUGCAGAAGAGGAAGAUGAUAAUAGAGAAGUAUAGCAGUAUGGAUGAUAUAUUGAGGGAGUGUAAUAGCAUGGCUGGACAUUUGGAUGUUUGGAAGCUUCUGGAUGAUGCACAUGAUUUGGUGGUAACCCUUCAUGACAAGAUUUAGAGCAACUUGCUUCUUCUUUUUAUUUACAAAAAAAAAAUGUCUCUUGUCUGUCUGUCUGUAUCUGGUUUUGAAUAAGUUACGGAUAUUCCUCAACUUUUGUGCCCGCACUCUCAUCCCAACCGAGUGAUGGUGGCUUUUUUCUAAAAACUAAUUCUCAAAAAUGUUUGUUGUUCUCAGAGAAUGAUUAGUAUUUGUCAAAAAAAUUCUGAGAUAUUUUAUUCAGAACUAUGGUCAUGGAGAAGUUAUUGUAUUGUUGUCCUUGUUUCUGCAUUUGGAAAACUAUAUGCUUUUUCGUUUUA